UCUGUGCUAAAAAAGAAAAAAACUUUGACAUUUUAAUUUCUUUCGCGGAUUUUCUUAAUCUUUAAUUUUUGUUUGUUUUUCAACUUUGUAUUAGAUCUAAAACUUUAUUAUUAUUUUUUGUCGUUAUUAGAUAAAUAAGUAAAUGCAAUGGCAAGGACCAAAGCCUCAGUUGGUGCUAAAGUGGCAAUUGGCAAAAGCAGUAAAGCUCGCUGCAGUGUGGCGCCACCUACCAACAGCGGAGGGUCAACAGGUAGCAGUGAACGCUCCUCUCGAAGCUACUCCGGAGGCAAUCCAGUCUGUCCCCGGGAGACUCCCAAAUGGCAAAAACCAAUCACCAACUUUUUCAUCACCAAAGACACGAAUGGGAAAGUGACGGAGCAGGAGGAAGAUGAUGGGGUGACUGCCGGCAGUUCCAAAUCAAAAACAAACCGCCAAGUCAUAGAGUCUGAUGAGGAGGAAUCUGAAACGGUGGAGAACGGUUCGAAGACAUCAGACGAGUGCCCACAGCCAGAACGCCCAAAGAAUUCAGUAUUAGACGAAUCAAUAGAAUUAGAGACAUUAGAUGGGGGUACUAGUCAUAAAAUUAACGAGUAUUACCCCACAAACGGUUUGAAAGGUAAAGGGAGAGGUAAGAAGAGGCCCAACAAAGAGAAUAUAGAUGAUAGUAAUAAAAAAAGGAACUCACUAAAGAGGGAUCUAGAAGACGUGGCGACUGGAGAAGACUUAGAACGUGUUACUAAAAAGGUCAAGAUUGGUGCAUGAGUGGGGCCAAAGGAGGACUGGCAAAAUAUAAGUUUAAAUAGAAUUUAAUGAAAAAGUAAGCGAUCCACUGAUCAAGUGAUGUUUUUUAGGCAACUUUUUAAUCCCCCUUACAUCCUACAAAAUGAAGUUUUAAACUAUUUAAUCCCCUACCUAACGGGUUUUAUGAUCCCAAUGGUGGAUUUGGGAUCAUGUGUGUUUUUUGAUAUUAAAUAAUGUUGUAAAGUCUUUACUGUACAUAAAUUACUUUGGACACAUUAAAAUAGUGUUUCCCAACCUUUUCUGUGUCACGCCCCACUUGGACAUUUCUAAAAUUUUUACGUCCCCAUAUAUAAUUUUUUUCGACAAAGUUUACUUGACGACUCUAAUCGCCCAGUUGAUAUUUUGGUAACGUCAAACGAAAUUUUACCUAAUAAAUAUUUACAACAUUUUUUUAAUUUACUUUUUUUGUUAAAUUUGGAACGAGCAAGAGGCUUAAAAACGUUUCGAGUCUAUUUUUUAUUUGCCCCCCCCCCCCCCCCCCCCCUCUUAACUAUAAAAUUGCUCCCCUGUGGGGCGUGGGUCCCACGUUGGAAAACACCGCAUUAAAAGAUUUAAUAUACAAUGGUCGAUUUAUCCCACAGUGCAGGGGUUAGCAUCCUGCUGCUUUUUGAAUGUGAAGCUGCAGCUCUUUAGUUCCAUAUGCAAAUAUUGUUUAUUUUAUAUAUAAAAAAAGACGUUGUGAAGCUUUAUUUAUGCAAGUCCUAUUUGUUGCUGGCAAAAAAAUGUGGCUCUCUGAAAAACUUUGAAAUUUUGUAAAUCGUAAUUUUUUUGUUUCUUCCGACUCAAAAGGUUGUCGACCAUUGCCAUAGAGGGCAGCUCUAACAGUCAACUUUUGAGAAGCUGAAGGGAAACUAUAGAAUGUUCAAAUGUAAAAACUGUACAGUUAAAAAUGAUAAUACCUAGUUAUAAUUGAACAUGUAAUACAGUAAAAAUAUUGUUUAUAGUAUAUUUUUUGCAAAAUCUACGUCAAUGCCUAACCGAUUUCGAUUAUUAUUUUACCAUAGAAAAUGGUUUUCCCGCGUUGAACUCAUAUUAAAAUUUGUAGAUCAGAAAUGGUAAAGGCAUCCGCAAAACUGAAUGCUUACUUUUUUUUAAGUUGAUUAAAAUUAUGUCUUUACAUGUAAAUAAAUCUUUUGCUAGAACUGGCCACGCAUGGGGGGAGGUAUCAUGGGCGAAGCAGUGUACUCUGUUAUGUCCACGGUACUGCUCAUGUCUAUAGGCGACGGUUACCACUUACCAUCAGGUGGACCGUCAGCUUGUUCACCAUUCUAAGUUGCAUAAAAAACAUCCUUAUUAUUAUUAAAAAGAAACGAGACUAAACAUUGUUGUUUCAUUCUAUCCUUGUGCAUGCGGUAGCGUAAACAUGUCUACCUAUAAAUUAGUUUGUUUAAACAUUCCGGUGAGUUACUUGUUAAAAAAAUAACUGGUAAAAUAUGACUAAGUUUAAGGUAUUACCUCAUUUAUGGACUAAGUAAUUGUUAAGAAUUUCUGAUUAAGUUUGCUAAAUAUAAAUAAUGUAUUUUAUAAA